AAUAUGAAGUUGAGCAAAAUGCAAAAUGGCCGCAUCAACUCGUAAAAAGGAGCAACAAAUUUCCACUUGUAAGGUGCUUUUGAAAGGAAGAGUUGCCCCGCAUGUUCAGGCUAACAUUGUAAAAGAGAUGUUGAAGCACCUCAUGUUUCAGAGGAAUCAGAUACCAAUGGCAUAUGAACAGAUUAAAUGCGAGUAUGAACGACGGAAGUCUGGUUCUGCUGCGGCUCUCUUACAUGAAAAUGGAAGACAUAAAGAAAAGCAAGAUUUGUCCAGUGCAGCCUACAAGCGGUUAGGGCAGUUUAUAUCGACCGUGGAAGAACUGCUGGCAAAUAUUGAUGCUGUCUUCAACCUCAGCUUCGUGCCCCGAGUGCUAAUCCUGCUGGGUGCCACGGCCGUCAGCCCAAAGGAGGCCCAUGAGAUCGUUUUCCAUAACCAGGUCUCGGUGCACGACGCCAGCCUAGUGGACCUGCGGACCAAACACUGCGUGCGGGCCCUGAUGAGGACCCUCAUCACAGACUCUCCCAUCUGGGAGGCCAAGCAGCUGCCCCUGACCAACACCCUCCUGCUGGUGCGGGCCCACCGGGACAGUGGGCUGAGCUGGUUCCAGCCCAAGAUGGCACUGAAGGCACCAACGCGGGGUCAGCUGUACCGCUGCGAGAUACACUGCGGGCACGUCGAGCACAGUGUGGGCUUUGCCCGUGACCACAAAUUAAAUCAUGGAAAUGACAAAUGUUGUGGUGGUCACCACAGCUGUUGCAUGCUUGAACAAUCUAAGGUUGAAAUAGACGCUGGCACUGCUGUGACAGAAGCUCUAGUUGAGAGUGAUGAUUACAUUUGGUACCAAGCACCACUCCCUAUCAAGGGAGUACAACCAUUUACAGUCAAGUCAACGGGAGCGAGCGAAAUAUGGGCUUGAGAGUCUACACAAGUGUUGAUUAACUUCUAAUCAGGUUGUGAAUAUGAAGUGCUCUAUUGUUAUUUCUAAACUAAUAGAAUAUAAAAUCUUCCCAUGUUAUCCAAAUCUCUUCAACAAUCCUGUAAUGUAUAAAAUUUGUGGAACUACACAUGCAUGGUUUCAAUCCUCAGAUAUCAAAUACUUUUAUAUCAUGUUCAUUCAUUCUACAUUUACCCAAGUCCAUUAGGAUUCAUACCUAUUGUUUUCAUUGUUUUGUUAGAAACUCUUCAUACAUUGUACUUCUUCAAGAUAAGGGAAGUAAGAGCUCAUCUAACUGCACAUUCACUGAAGAUGGGACGUUAUCUCCUAACUUUGAAUACACGCAUAAAGAGUGUUCCCUGAACUACAAAAUGUUUCAUUUUGAUAGAUCUUGGGAGGUUUCAUGUGUUUUUGUGUUAGGGAUAUUGGAUACGGACAAAAGUACAUGAAGCUUGUCUCUGAUGUGUGUUUCAUUAUCCUUACAUUUUACUGUAUGUCCCAAAUCCUACAAAAUCCAUCAUUAGGUUCUGAAGAAUUUUCAGGGUGGAGGAAGAUGCAUAAAUGCAUACAGCCCAGGCAUGAUGAAUCACCAUGUAUCAAGGGUCUUGGAUCCCUUAAAGUCUAAGUAUGUGUGUACACAAUGUACCUAAAACAAACCAAACGAAAUGUGUCAGUGUUUUCCUGCACAGUGGUGGAUUUUGAAGAAAGAGGAAAGUUGUACGCAAACAUGUCUCGGAAGAUUAAUGGUGUCUCUUGUUGUGAUUAUGUUGCUUUUAUAUCUGUACAUCAUGGAUUGAGUAUGACUCUUCUAUUUACAAUGCAAAUAUAUGCCAAGCAAUUUUCAGCCACCAACAGUGGAAGUUUCUUUUUGAAAAUUCUAUUGUUAUAAGUCCUGAUUAAUUUUCUUUACAAAGUAAUGUGUAAAGUUAGCUUCUAUGUUUUAACAAUUUAAAAUUCUUAAUUUAGAAUGUGUUAAAUGCCGUGUUUAUUGACAAUAUACAUGUAUAGUGCACGGCAUAUGAAAACUGUAUUGGACUUAACAGGUGUGUGUGUGUUGAAUAAUGAUUUCAAACUUGAUAUACAUGUAGCUUUUACUUUUAUUGAAACUAUUUGAAUCACUGUUUUGUAUAUGUGUAUAAUUUUGGCAAGUACUUAACAGAUUGAUUUAACAUUACAUGAAGUCAUGUCCGUGAAUUGCUGGCUAAAUGAUUUUUGAAGAAUCUCUUGGCAAGUCACUUUACUCUCACGUACCUCUCUCCACCCAGGGGUAGAAAUGGGUGCCUGUCAGAGCUGAGAUGGCUGUUAUGUAUGACAUUUGUGUCUGAUACGGCAGCAUCGCGCUGUAUACUCUCCAGGGAGCUGAGAUGGAUUAAGGAAUGUUUGUGACCAGAUCAGCAGGGAUAAUAAUAGUGACGAGUACCCUGUAUCCUCUGGUAAUUUGACACUAUGAAAAAGCAAUCAUUAUCAUUAUUUUGCAAACUCUAUGCUUGCUCAGCUCCAGCUUAUUAAAUACACUUGGAAGCUGUGGACAUGACUGUGAUAUAGAGUGUGAACUUGAACAAGUUCAGUGACCCUGUAGAAUAGUAAAACUACCCUUCCCAGAUUUGCUGCUAUUGUUUGUAUCCUUUUCUCCACCUCUGAAACCUCGUAAACGGGGGAAGUGAUUUGUUUAAAUGAUUUGUGCAUGUUUGAAACUGUAUACAAUGUACCUACACAGAUAUGUUCAGAUUCUACAAUGUAGUUCAUAAAUGCACCAGAGCAGGUUUAUUUUCUAUCAGAAACUUACGUUACAUGUACUUUCUGUCCAAAACCAGUACCACUAGUAUGAGGUACAUGUAUGGAUAGCAAAGAGCUUACAUACAAUGGUAGCAGCUCCCAUGUUUGAAUUUGGGGUUUUCUGACUUCUGGAAGCAUAUGGACAAUUUGUUAAUAAUAGGCCAGUUCAGUAUUUUCCAAAAAAAACAUGGUCAUUUGAGAACAAAGCCCCAGACGUCAUGAUAACCUCCUGCACUUUGAGUGGUAGAAUUUUGUACCCGAUAAUAUACCAAAGUGUGAAAAGCAGAGAUCGACUGGCUUUGCACUCAUUUGCCGAACUGUUUGAAACAAUGCGUCAAUUUGUACCUACAUGUACAUGUAGGCCUCAUGUAAAACAAAAGUCAAGUACUUUCUGAUGCAUAUAUCUACAUGUAGCUGUUUUAGAUGUAUUUUAUGACAUGGCAUCAGAAGAUCAAGCAAGCUCUAGAUUUCAAUUUAAUCUUUUAGUCUUGAUGUGAGCAACAUUUAUUUUCCACCAAACCAAUGUUUAUUUCAAAAGUGUUAAGAUUAAUUAGAUUUAGUCUAAAAUGGUCCUGAAUUACUCAUACAUUUUUACCCCCAGAGUGCACUUGUAUUCUGUUGCUACAUCAUGUUUUAUGGGGAAAAAAGUUUAGAUACUGUAUUAACACUCAAAAAUGAAAGAAAUUCAAAACUUUGUUCAGUUUGUAGGUUUUUAUACCUCUGCACAUAUCUAUCAAGGAUUCACUAUUCACUUGAAAAGUUGAAAACUGUUGAAAUGGGGAAUUGUUUCCAUCGUCUUUAUAAAUGCAUUUGAUCCAAAGAUCUUUUCAUAGUUUUUCGGGGGGGUGAGGUCAGGGGUGGUGUGGUUUGGCUAGGUUUGUGAUUGGUUUGAUUCGGUUACAAGCUAUACAUGUAGUUUGGUUUAGUUUGAUGUUUGGUUUAGUUUUGUUUUUCAAACUUGGCAGGAGGUGUUCUGACACCAUCUUUUUCAUAUCAAGAUAUGGUAUUGUUGGGAUUACUUUUUUGAUAUGGAUCUUUUAAUGCAAUGUCUGUAAAGUGAGAGUGAAUUUCAAUUAGUUUCAUGCAAUAGAAGUUUUUAACUACAUUAUUUUACUUACAAAGAUGAAGAAAGUGUUAAAAAAGCUCAGGAAUAUUAGAAAAAUAAAUUGUUCAACCUAGAAUACGGUACAUGAUUUUGAA